CGAAUGAGACAUGUGUGGCAUUAAUUGAAUGUCAGGAACUUAUGCAAAGCAGUCAGGAAGUUCGAGCAAUGAACAAGUGCGACCAGCCGAAUAAAUACUGCUGUCCAGAAAAUUCUAAUAGGGUGACUGAUAUACUCUCAAAAGAACUAAAAUUUCCUGAAGACUGUGGAUCAACUCCAAUGUAUGGUGUCAAUCGUGUGGUGGGUGGUGGAGUCAUCGAGCCAGACGAGUUCAGCUGGUUGGUCAGCCUGGAGUAUGCUCUUUCAGGAGGAACCUCUGCGAUCUGUGCGGGUGCUAUUAUUAAUUCGCUCUAUGUACUGACGGCGGCUCAUUGUGUGAUUGGCAACAGUAUUCGAGAAAUGGGAGGACUCAAGGCAGUUCGAUUUGGAGACUUUUCAAAUGGGCAGAAAUGUGAUUACGGUACUUCCACUUGCCAGCAUUUUCAGCGUAUUGCCAUUGAGGAGAUAAUAGUUCAUAAAGAUUACAUGGAAGACGACAGAAUGCGACUACUCUAUGACAUAUCCCUAUUGCGGCUAACGAAACGGAUUCAGUUUACGGACGGAUUGAAACCGAUUUGUUUGCCCUUUGGCAAUAACAGUCACAUAGUAGAACCAAGCGCUGAUACUUGGGUAACACUCACCGGUUGGGGUCGAACUUCGUCACUAGCUGACCCAAUAGCAAAGCGUGCCGUGUCCAUUCCAUUGUGGACAAAAUCCAGAUGUCUGAAUGAUACUCGCAGAGAUGAGUCCCAGAUCUGUGCAGGUAUUUCUGGAAGGGGUUCGUGCCAUGGAGACUCCGGAGGCCCCCUAAUGCACGAGUUUGAAAACAAACGUAUGGUUCUUGAAGGCAUCAUGUCGUAUGGCGGUAAGGAAUGUGCCACCUUCACAUCUCCUGGUGUUUGCACACGAGUGCGUAGUUUCGGUGACUGGAUUGAGAUCAACAUAAGAAUGUAAUAGAAAAUAUAAUGAAACAUAUUACCAAAAAUAAAUCUCGCUAAUAUAUGGUAUAUAACAUCGUACAAACAUGCACGUUUUGUGCUCUUAUCUUCAGAGUUUCUUCCUAUGUACAUGUCAAUACAAUUUUUUUGUAGCGACUAGAGAUGGGCACGGGCCUUCUUUUUGAGGCCCGAACCGAUCAGAUUUUCAAAAAAUAUUCCGCCCGGCUUAAUAUUAUUAUAUAAUAAAAAAUAUUGUUAAAUGA